CAUACAAAGCAACCAGCUAGUUCUCUGCUCUCACCAAAGAGUUCAGAGCUCGCCUCGAUCGAUCAGCUUCUUAAUCCGUCACUAGCUCCAUUUCCUACAUCCACAGCUCUCGAUCGAUCUCAAGCUAACGCCAUGGGCAGCUUGGACACCAACCCGGCAGCCUUCUCCGUCUUCGGCGACGAUGCCGCCGGCUUCCAGCCGCUGAACGCCGAGGACGUCCGCUCCUACCUCCACAAGGCCGUCGACUUCAUCUCCGACUACUACAAGUCCCUCGAGUCCCUGCCCGUGCUCCCCGACGUCAAGCCGGGGUACCUGCAGAACGAGCUGCAGGCGGCGCCGCCCACCAGCUCCGCCCCCUUCGACGUCGCCAUGAAGGAGCUCAGGGCCUCCGUCGUCCCCGGCAUGACCCACUGGGCCAGCCCCAACUUCUUCGCCUUCUUUCCAUCGACCAACAGCGCCGCCGCCAUCGCCGGCGACCUCAUCGCCUCCGCGAUGAACACCGUGGGGUUCACGUGGCAGGCCAACCCCGCCGCUACCGAGAUGGAGGUCCUCGCGCUCGACUGGCUCGCCCAGCUCCUCCGCCUGCCGGCCAGCUUCAUGAACCGCACCGCCGCCGGCCGCGGCACCGGCGGCGGCGUCAUCCUCGGCACCACCAGCGAGGCCAUGCUCGUCACGCUCGUCGCCGCGCGCGACGCCGCGCUGCGCCGGAGCGGGUCGGAGGGCGUCGCCGGCCUGCCACGCCUCGCCGUCUACGCCGCCGACCAGACCCACUCCACCUUCUUCAAGGCGUGCCGCCUCGCUGGCUUCGACCCGGCCAACAUCCGCUCCAUCCCCACCGGCCCGGAGACGGACUACGCCCUCGACCCGGCGAAGCUCCUCGAGGUCAUGGAGGCCGACGUCGCCGCCGGCCUCGUGCCGACCUACAUCUGCGCCACCGUCGGCACCACCUCCUCCAACGCCGUCGACCCCGUCGGAGCCAUCGCCGACGCCGCCGCGCUGUUCAACGCGUGGGUGCACGUCGACGCCGCCUACGCCGGCAGCGCGUGCAUCUGCCCGGAGUUCCGGCACCACCUCGCCGGCGUCGAGCGCGUCGACUCCAUCAGCAUGAGCCCGCACAAGUGGCUGCUGACGUGCCUCGACUGCACCUGCCUGUGGGUCCGCGACACGCACCGGCUCACCGACUCGCUUGAGACCAACCCGGAGUACCUCAAGAACGACGCCAGCGACUCCGGCGCCGUCACCGACCUCAAGGACAUGCAGGUCGGCGUCGGCCGCCGAUUCCGGGGGCUCAAGCUCUGGAUGGUCAUGCGCACAUACGGCGCCGCCAAGCUCCAGGAGCACAUCCGCAGCGACGUUGCCAUGGCCAAGAUGUUCGAGGAAAAUGUCAGGUCCGAUGACAGGUUCGAGGUCGUCGUGCCGAGGAACUUCGCCCUUGUCUGUUUCAGGAUCAAGCCUCACGGCGGCAUGACGGAGGAGGACGCCGACGAGGCCAACCAUGAGCUCAUGGAACGCCUGAACAGGACCGGGAAGGCGUACCUGGCGCACACGGUGGUCGGCGGCAAGUUCGUGCUGCGGUUCGCGGUGGGGUCGUCGCUGCAGGAAGAGAGGCACGUCCGGAGUGCGUGGGAGCUCAUCAAGAAGACGACCGCUGAGAUCAUGCAGGAUUAGAUCGUUGUGGACCAAGUAUAGAACACAUAUAUUUGAUUCUUUGUUGAUUUUCUGUAAGGUCCAAUGAAGGACAAUAUCUUUGUUGAAGAGAUAUGGUUGUCUAAGAAGAGGUAAUGUAAUUCUAGGUAUUAUUGAAAGGGAAAUACACAAACUUAAUGUCC